AUGGAGCCUACAUCAGACUCACUAUCCAAUGUCCAAGACAUCUUUCGGGUCUGUGCGUAUCACAGAUAUGAAUUCGAUGAUCUUUUGGUCCGGACGCCUGACUCGAAGCUUCAAGCACCGUUCCUACAGAGUGCAUUCAACACACCAGUCUCAUCGAGCCUUGGGGCUCUGGACCGCUUGCCAAAAGAGCUGAUGGUCAUGAUACUUCAGGAGCUCGAUAUUGUUUCAUAUCUUCGAUUUCGCGCCGUCAAUAACCGAGCGCGAGACUUGGCAACGGACACUCGUGAAUACAGCCAAGCCGUAAAACACGGGUUAGCGGGGUUGAAGACGCUGCUCAGAGUGCAAACGGCACAGCUUGUUACCAUGAACGCCUUCUACCGAGCCCUUAUCAAUCCCUCAUGCCAGUUCUGCGGAAAGUUUGGAACGUUCCUCUUUCUUCUUAAAUGUCAGCGCUGCUGUUUUACAUGCCUGGAGAUCUCCUAUGAUCUGCGUGUUAUGGCCAUACCGGCUCCGAAAAGGCUUUGUGUAGAGUGUAAUGUGUCGAGAAGAGAUAUCGAGCGAGUGUGCGAGCCCAAGUUACGGGUUGUAUAUGGCAAAUACUCGUUAGUGUCAUGGCCUAAAGUCAGGAGACCAAGGUAUUUGGUCACUGUCAAAGAUGCGCACCAAAGACUACCUUUGAUUGAUACCUACCAGCCGGUUAUCGAAAACACUGUACCCUUUAUACCAGAGCACCAAUCUCAUAUGGAUGUAUAUCACUAUAACUGCUAUCGAUAUAUGGCCACCACGGCGUUCCCGUGGUACGACCCCAGUCGAAACUGUCUUGAAAUAGGGAUGAGCUGCAAGGGAUGUAACUUUCGUGUCGAGGAGUAUGUUGCUGAACAUCCUAAUGGAGGGGAUCCGCCGUGGGGUUUCAAUGAUCGAGAUCGAAUUUACUCAGAGGAAGAGUUUAUGCAGCAUUUCAUAUCAUGCAGGUAUGCUAGGGAGGUAUGGGAAUCGGCUCGAGAGCGUCAGGUUAUCCCGGAGUCGAGAUUCACCCUGGAAGGCGGUGCUAUCGUCAACCAGCGAUCUCGGCGCACACAACACUGGUAG